AUGUGGCUGGCAGCGCCGUCCUCCUACUACAGCAUCGCCCCCCGGGGCCGUGGGGGCCAGCCGCACCGUUGCAGCGCCUGCCCGCAGAGCUUCGGCAGCAUGAGCAAACUCGCCGAGCACCUCGGCACCGUCCACGGCAUCGAGCGGCCCUUCGAGUGCGACCUCUGCGCCGUGUCGUUCCGCAACCCCCUGAGCUUCGCCCGCCACCGCCGCACCCUCCACCUCCGCUCGGGCCAGUGCUACGCCUGCGACCUCUGCGACUACACCUGCUACCAAAAGUCCAACCUCGACGUCCACUUGCGCCGGCACGCCAGGAACUACGCCCACCGGUGCGACGUCUGCGACAAGGGCUUCAUGCAGCGCACCAAGUACGAGGAGCACCGGGCCCUGCACCGAGGCGCCGCCGCUCACGAGUGCGGCCUCUGCGGCAAGACGUUCGGCUACAAGAGGAACCUCGUGGCUCACCUGAGGCUCCGCCACGCGGAGACGUGUGGCGCGGCGGUCGUUGGGUGCGGGCGCUGCUCGAGGCUGUUGCCCGACGAGCCCAGUCUCCGGAGACACGCGGCCAGGUGUCACGCCGCGGCCGACAGCAAGCUCCUCUGCGACCUGUGCGGGGUGCAGCUGUCGUCGCGCAAGGCCCUCGCCCAGCACGGGCGGGCCCACAGGGGCGAGAAGGCGGCCGAGUGCGACGUGUGCGGCAAAAGCUUCGCCAAGCUGGACAACCUGAGGGUCCACCUGAGGAUCCACACCGGGGAGCGGCCGUACGGGUGUUCGGUGUGCGGCAAAGGUUUCACCCAGAGGACGAGUUUGGUGCACCACGUGAAGGCCCUGCACGCCGCGGACAAGGCCCACAAGUGCACCCAGUGCGCAAAGUCGUACGUCGCGGCCUCGGUUCUCAGGAAGCACGUCAAGAGGACCCACCAGACGAGCGUCGAGAGCAAAGCGGAUGAAGAUCCACUAAUGAUGUUAGACAACGACGAAUUCAAUAAAAUCAAGCAAGAAAUCAUCGAUUCCUUUCAGCCAAGCUUCGACGACCCGGAUCGCAUGUGCCGCAUGUGCGGCCAGAGCUUCGCCUACGUGAAACACCUGGUCGAGCACUUGUUCGCCGCCCACGGCAUCGAUCGGCCCUUCAAGUGCGAGCAGUGCGACAAGGCGUACCCCCAGCGUUUCAUGCUCAACGCCCACGUGCGCCGACAGCACGGGCCCACCCCCGUGAUAACCUGCGCCCACUGCCAGUACUCGACUCGCGACAGGAUCAAGCUCGAGCGGCACAUUCGCAAGGUGCACGGCCACGAGCUGCCCGGCAUUGCCGCUGCCAACAGCAACGCCACUUAUCGCCAGCAGGAGGAGCAGCAGUACUACGAGGUGACGAGUUUCCUGCGCGACUUUGAGUACAUAUCGCGGGGCGAGCCGAUCCCGAAGAAACGGGGCCGGCCCCCGAAAAGCCGUGCCCCGCGCGCCGCCCAGACCUACCUGUGCGCCGACUGCGGCAAGGAGCUCAAGACGAUCAAGGGCUUUCAGAUCCACACGCGGCUCCACACCGGCGAGAAGCCCUACUCGUGCAAGGAGUGCGACAAAAAGUUUUCCUGCGAGGCCCUCCUGCGCACCCACAGCGUCACCCACACCGGCGAGCGCCGCUACGUUUGCGAGAUCUGCGACAAGGCGUUCACCCAGAGGUCGACCUUGGUCGUGCACAAGCGUUACCACAGCGGCGAGCGACCCUACGUUUGUCAAUUCUGCAAGCGCGGCUUCGUCACCAGGUUUCUCCUCAAAAACCACGUCAAGAUCUGCAAUCCCACCAAAUCUUACCAUUACUAA